AUGUCUUCGUGCUGUAAGGCAGGAGAGUAUUAUAAUCAAUAUCGAUGCUCUCCUAGCUCAACUAGCUCAGCUAUACUCACGUUGAACAGUUUUGCAGAAGGCGGUGAUGGUGGUGGUGCAGGUUCAUGCUUUGAAGCUUUUUAUCCUGAUACGCAGCGUGUUGUUGCCUUGUCAACAGGAUGGUUCAAUGGAGGAUCACGAUGUGGAAAAACAAUCAUCAUUAGUGGCAAUGGUAAGACGACAACAGCACAGGUCGUUGAUGAAUGCGACUCCGUAAAUGGAUGUGAUGCAGAACAUGCGGGACAACCUCCGUGUCGUUACAAUGUUGUUGAUGGGUCUCCAGCUGUGUGGGCCGCACUAGGUAUAUCCGAGAACGAUUCACGAUAUGGAGAGAUGUCCAUUUCAUGGAGUGAAUAAAUGCUAUAGAUUAAAAAAAAUAUUCACGGAGACUUGUAGAGACUGAAAUGUAGAGCUCACAUCACUUUUUUAACUUCAUUAUACUCAUACAAAAUAUGCAAAUUGAAAAAACUAUUGUACAUCAUAUUUGUUGUCCACGAUAGUCGAUCGGUAUUAAAAUAAUCUGUCUUAUUUAUUUCUGUAUUUCUGGUAGAAUUUUCUUUUUCUAUUAGCGCUUUCUUUUUGUUUAGAUUGUUGUUAUUUGCUCAUUAUUUUCUUUUUUGUAUUCUUUUUUUCUUAAUUUAACUGUAUUAACAUUCUAACCAUUGACUGAAUGGCAAAUAAACCUGUUAUACAAACUAUACAUUAAUAUCUAUAGCAAAUAGUAACGAACUAUUCUAAAUCUGGAUCAACUCAGAAACAUUGAACUUGAUUGUUUUUAAAGUAACAAUUUGGUCAAUUCAUUCUGUUUAUGAUGAUCAUAUUAAGACUGACAAGUCAAUGCAUCACUAUCCAUCAUUAUUGACAUAUUAAGUACAAUUUUUUAUUUGGACGAAAAUCAAAACUUGUACUAUGGAGAACAUUGACAAAAGUAUUCUAGUCAUUCGAAUUUCGACAACGGCUUUGGAUAUGUUCCAGAGCAGUCGAAGUCUUGUAGUUCAUGGAGUGUAGUAUUUUUUGCUGUUGAUGACAAACUCGGAAGAAAGAUAUUUAGAUAGUUGUUGACCGCGCCUCCUAAAUUCUUUGUUGAAGGAUGUCUCUAAUGGACAGAAAAGAAGAAGGAAGCCGCACAACUUCGACUUAAAAUUUGCGCUCACUAUUCUCGUAGAAAAUAUGUGAGUCUCAAAAAAAAGCAAAUCGAGAUGAAAGAAUAAUUAAAACCCAUUGAGCAGCCAUAUAAAUCUUAUUGUUGGUCAAAUUUUUGGGCCUAAUUAUCUGGCGUAUAAUCACUCUGUGACUCGAAACAGUAAGCAAAUCAAUCUAAUAUAUGCGAGUAUCUGGUAUGGAUAUUCUUGAUGUUCUCAUUAUCGAUACAGACUAAAGUGACUAUAGUUAUGAUAGUGGAUGUGAAUGAAAAGAAAAUGACCAUUUUCGCUCAUAAGGGUGUGAAUAUGAGUAAAGACAAUUUCAUAUCCACAUCCAGACGCACAUCAAACACCCAAACUCACACGGGCAUCCACAAGCACACCGAAGCUUACGAGACAAUCGCCCAAAGUGAUUAACCGCUUUUGAGCUCAUACUUUAAACAUAAGUAGGGCACUCCGUACUUGAGUAAUUCUAAGAGAAUUCUGCCGCAUGCGCUCGUGGGACCAAGGUAUAACCAUUUUACUGGAUUUUUGCCCUAGGAUACUGGUUCACGUACAGAAUUGAAUCAAUGGAUUCCAACUUAAAAUUUUGUCCACCAAGAAAUCUUAGGACCACUAAAAUACUCCGAAAGUUUUGGACAAAACGAAAGCACCCAUGUUGAGAUAUUGAGUUUUCAAAAACUGCCUAUUUCUCGGCAUGAGUUAGUAAUACGAAAUCUAUUGUAAAGCCAAUAUCUUAAGGAGAAUGCAUUCGUUUUGCCUAAAACUUUCAGAGUAUUUUAUUGGUCCUUAGACAUCUUGAUGGAUAAAAUUUUAAAUUGAAAUUCGUUGAUUCAAUUUUGUAGGUGAACCAGUGCCAUAGGGCAAAAAUCCAGUAAAACGAUUAUAUCUCAGUCUCACACGUGCAUAGCGUCAAGUUCUUUUAGAUUUAUUCUAGUGCCGGAGUUCCCUGCUUGUGCCUAAAGUAUGAGCUCAAAAGCGGUUAAUCACUUCGGGCGGUUUCUUCGUCAGUGCUAGAAAAAAUUUAGCGCUUAUUCAAAAAAGCAAUUUAGUUACAUAUCAGGUAAUUCGUUUUGUGCUCAUUUUGAAACAAAUCUCUUCAAGCACUUGAUAAUAUUUUAACUUGUGGUUUUCACCUUGUGGUGAACAUUUUUAGAUGUUUGUUUCAUUCGUCCACGUUAAACAACUAUGAAUCUCUUUGCCGUGCACUUUUCUCUUUUGGAAAAUUAUUUGAUUGAUUGGAAUCAUUGUAUAUUCGAUGAAUAUUAUAUAACGUUUCUGUUAAUUUGAUGACAUGACUUGGGCAAGCGUAUCCUGUCAUGAACAAAGUUAAUCACUGUUCUGUUCGCAUGAUCAGAAAAAAAUGAUGAAAAAUUUCGAUUUCAAAUUUGUUAUUCACGGCUUCAAUAAAAUUAAUCGACUCGUUAGGUAUUUACUACUAUUCGCACCAACAGUUGCUUAAAUGUCUUUGUUAUUGUAUCAAUGAUUAGCUAUUAUGUUGAACACUGAGCGAGGCAAAAGCAAAUAUCUCAUUCAAGUGGUUGUCAUACUGUCGGAGAGAAGAAAGACCGAAACAAAUAUUCUUCACGAUUUUGCGUUAUCUUUUAUGAGAUAUAUUCUUAUCUUUUUUUGUCUAUUUGCAUUUUUUUUAUCUAUUUCGACUUCACAUCGUCAAUAAUGACGGUA